AUGGCCGCUCUCGCCAACGCCGCUGUGCUCCCGUCCACCUUCGUCGGCCAGAGCGCUGAGCUCGCCGCCAAGGUGAACAAUGUCGAGGCUCGCGUCUCCAUGAGGAAGACCGCCAAGGCCGCUACCAGCAGCGCCUUCUAUGGCCCCGACCGCAACGUGUUCCUGAGCCCCUUCUCCUCCCCCCCGUCGUACCUCACCGGCGAAUAUGCCGGCGACUACGACUGGGACACCGCGGGUCUGUCCGCUGACCCCGAGACCUUCGUCAAGAACCGCGAGCUGGAGCUCCUCGCCGGCAACGGCGUGAACUUCGGCGAGGAUGUGUGGUUCAAGGCCGGUGCCCAGAUCUUCUCCAGGGGCGGCCUUGACUACAUCGACGACCCCAACCUGAUCCACGCGCAAUCCAUCCUAGCCAUCUGGGCCACCCAGGUCAUCCUCAUGGGUGCCGUCGAGAGCUACCACGUGGGUGGCCUUGAGGGCUUCCAAGAGGUUGAGGACCCCCUGUACCCCGGCGGAGCCAUGGUGUCGAUGUUCGGCUUCUUCGUCCAGGCCAUCGUCACCGGCAAGGCCCCCCUGGAGAACCUGUCCGACCACCUGGCUGACCCCACCGUGAACAACACAUGGGCCUAUGCCACCAACUUCACCCCCGGCACUUAA